AUGCAGCAAGUAACGACUGUCGAAGGCGAGCCGAACCCGCUGGACAGCACCGGGCUCUGCCUACUGUCCCUCGAUGGCGGUGGUGUGCGCGGGCUGUCGACCCUGUACAUCCUGAAGGGGCUAAUGGACCGACUGAAUAAGGAACGCCCCGAGGGUUCACCAGCAAAGAAGCCCUGCGAGGUGUUUGACCUGAUUGGCGGCACCAGUACAGGCGGAUUGAUUGCGAUUAUGUUAGGUCGAUUGGAGAUGGAUGUUGAUAAGUGCAUCAUGGCAUAUAUCAAGUUAAUGAAAAGGAUUUUUUGCAAGCCCUCAAAACGGGGCCUAUCCAGUCUUCUUGGCAAGAUUAAACCCAAAUUUGACGCCAACAAGCUCGAGGGUGCAAUCAAUGAAGUCAUUAACAACUGCGGAGCUAAGCCGACCGAUUUAUUCAAUGAUCAAGCUGACCGGAGUUGCCGGGUAUUCGUCUGCAGUAUCACGCAGGAGACCAAGGAUAUUGUGCGCCUUCGCAGCUACGGUAACAAGGCCGGAAUUCAAGCCACCAUUUGCCAGGCCGCCCGCGCAACCUCAGCCGCCACUUCCUUCUUUGAGCCGGUGUCGAUCGGAGCACGCAGAUUUGCGGAUGGUGGACUCGGGGCCAACAACCCUGUGGAUGAGGUGGAAGGCGAAGCGUCUGAUAUUUGGUGUGAAGACACAGGCGACCUGAAGCCACACGUUAAGUGCUUCAUCUCGAUUGGCACUGGCAAUCCCGGGAAGAAGGCGAUGGAGGACAACCUUUUGAAGUUUGUUUCUAAAACCCUGCCAGAACUCGCCACCCAAACUGAGCAAACAGAGAAGCGAUUCAUCGCUAAAUGGCGGCUUCAUUAUGCUGAAAAUCGGUAUUUCCGAUUCAAUGUGGACCAGGGGUUACAGGACGUCGGGCUGGCGGAAUAUCAACAGCAAGGCUUGAUUGAGUCAGCGACAGAGGGGUAUCUCGACCACCAAGCAGUGAAAUUUAGAGUGCGGGAUUGUGUUGAGAAUCUGAAUUCAAAGCAGAGUCCAACCAACCUCAAUUUUGCUGAAGAGAUUCGGCGGUAUAAAAUAAAAGUGGCCCUUCUGGAACAAUGGCAGGGCCGUACCCGGUGGCAGGUGCCAUUUGAACGAAACGCUAAAUUCACCGGCCGUGGGGAACUGCUUAGUGACCUGACACAGAAACUUGAACGGAAGUCUGUUGCCACGAGAAAGAUUGCAAUCGAGGGCCUCGGCGGUGUGGGAAAGUCCCAGCUAGUGCUUGAGCUAGCCCAUUGCAUGCGAGAACGGUGCGCGGUCUUUUGGAUUCCAGUCAACAGCCUGACCAACCUACAGACAGCAUAUCAUAAGGUGGCUCAGAACCUUCGCCUCUCUGGCUGUGAAGAGAGUGGUGUUGAUAUCCUGGAACUAGUGCAAACAUACCUCAGUGAUGAGACUAUUGGCUCAUGGCUGCUGGUAUUGGAUAAUGCCGAUGAUAUAGAUCUGUGGACAUCUCCACUCACAUCUGAGGCAGGAGCCAAGUGGCUGGUCGAUUACAUGCCCCGAAGCAGGCUUGGAGCGAUCAUAUGGACCACACGCGAUCGCAGGGUGGCCACCAGAGUCGCUCAAGAGAAUGUAGUGACUGUGCAGCAAAUGGAUGAGCCCGAGGCCGCAGAGAUGAUGCGGAAAUAUUUAAUCGAUCCUAUCGAAAACGAAGAACAAUCGUUACCGGGCUUACUGCGGAAGCUCACCUAUCUGCCACUAGCAAUUGUUCAGGCCGCAGCGUAUAUCAAUGCGACCCACGCGACCCAGGGAUCACUCACGGAGUAUGAAGAACUCUUGUCCAAGCAGGAUGAUGAGGUGAUUGAGCGCUUGAGUAAAGAUUUUGGAGACUACGGCAGAUAUUCAGGCACGGAGAAUGCCGUGGCAAAGACAUGGCUCAUCUCAUUUGAGCAGAUCCGUCGCCGCAGUUCUCUCGCGAUUAAAUUUCUAGGAGUCAUGGCCUGUGUGGACCCCAAAGACAUUCCUCGGUCGCUACUACAGCCUUCCGAGAAGUCAUCAUAUAAUGAGCAGAAAGAUGCGAUCGAUAUCCUUAACGCGUUCUCAUUCAUCACCGAACAUAAGGGUGGAUUGGCUUUCGAUAUACAUCGUCUAGUACAUCUGGCGACGAGGGGGUGGCUGAAAAUGAACGGAGAGCUGCCAGAUUGCCACAAACAAGCAGUAGCGCGAUUGAGUGAACUACUGUCAGACAUCAGCCAAACAAAUCGGAUGCACUGGCGGCUAUACAUAGCCCAUGCACAACACGCUGUGGGAGUAGAUGAUAAGUGCAGUAGGGAAGAUGUCAACCUUGCAGAAAAGUGUGGGGACUGUCUGAAAUAUGACGGGCGAUACUGUGAAGCGGAGACGAUGUAUCGGAUAGUCUUCGAGUAUCGACAGAGGGUGCUAGGGCCAGAACAUCCAGACACGCUUACCUGCGUCAGCCACCUUGGUUCAGUCCUUUCCCGCCAAGGCAAGUACAAAGAGGCCGAAGACAUGCACGGGCGGGCGUUACAAGGCCGAGAGAAGGUGCUAGGGCCAGAACAUCCAGACACGCUCACCAGCGUCAGCUACCUUGGCUUAGUCCUUUACCGCCAAGGCAAGUACAAGGAGGCCGAAUGUAUGCACCGGCGGGACUUAAAAGGAUCAGAGAAGAUGCUAGGGCCAGAACAUGCAAACACGCUCACUAGUGUCAGUAACCUUGGUUCAGCCCUUUCCCUCCAGGCCAAGUACAAAGAGGCCGAAGUCAUGCACCGGCGGGCGUUACGAGACCGAGAGAAGGUGCUAGGGCCAGAACAUCCAGACACACUCACCAGCGUCGACAACCUUGGUUCGGUCCUUGAUAGCCAGGGCAAGUACAAAGAGGCCGAAGACAUGCACCGGCGGGCGUUACGAGACCGAGAGAAGAUUCUAGGGCCAGAACAUCCAGACACACUCACUGGUGUCAGUAAUCUUGCUUUAGUCUUUUCCCGUCAGGGCAAGUACAAAGAGGCCGAAGACAUGCACCAGCGGGCGUUACGAGGCCGAGAGAAAGUGCUAGGGCCAGAACAUCCAAACACGCUCAACAGCAUUAACAACAUUGGUUCGGUCCUUUCCCGCCAGGGCAAGUACGAGGAGGCCGAAGAGAUACUCCGGCGGGUGUUACGAGACCGAGAGAAGUCACUAGGGCCAGAACAUCCAGACACGCUUACUAGUGUCAGCAACCUUGGUUCGAUCCUUUCCCGCCAAGGCAAGUACAAAGAGGCCGAAGACAUGCACCAGCGGGCGUUACGAGACCGAGAGAAGGUGCUAGGGCCAGAACAUCCAAACACGCUUACUAGCAUUAACAACCUUGGUUCGGUCCUUUCCCGCCAGGCCAAGUACAAAGAGGCCGAAGACAUGCACCGGCGUGCGUUACGAAAACAAGAGAAAGUGCUAGGGCCAGAACAUCCAAACACGCUCACUAGCAUCAGCAACCUUGGUUCAGUCCUUGAUAGCCAGGGCAAGUACGAAGAGGCCAAAUCCAUGCAUCGGCGCAGUCCAUAG